AGGUCGAUUGGAAAACGCCCUUUACGAUUCAAAUGGCGGCGGGACGCUGUUGUAGAAGCAGCCUUUGGUAGCUACGCUGGGAGCUUCUCUGAGAGUCGUUUGUCACAGAGGUGCAGCUCUGUGAUUAUUCAAAGCAGCAAAGCCGUAACAAAGAGAUGGGCUCAAAGCCCCAGAAAGAUCCUGUUUUUACGUGUGGUGCAAACAAUCCUACCGCAUGUGUUGCCUUCAAAGACCCAAAUCAAAGACUCAUGAAGUCAGUGAAAAAAGUUGCACUGCCACCCCCUUCAAGGAAAGGAUUGCCAAUACCUACACGAUCUAGCCCUAUGAAUAGAUACAAACGGGAGACCGAACUCAGAAACAAAAACAAGUUCCUGGAGAAUGACAAGAGUGAAUUGAGUUUAAAAGUGGAAGAAAUGCAGAAUGAGAUGAAAGAGAUGAAGGAGCUAUGUGAUAGUCUUGAAAAAGAAAAUGAUAAGCUGAAAAAAUUUCAGGAAAGCUGCCUCUUGAUAUUAGAAGCCAGGAAUUGUGACCCAGUUACAGGUGAACAAAUUUUGGAGGAGGAAGAAAUGAACAAGAAGACACAAACUGAGAUAACGGUUUUAUCAGACAAACUUAAUGCUGAUCUUGAAUUGUUCAUCCAAAUGGCUAAAGAGGAAAAAGAAAAUCUUCAGAAUGCUCAGACCAGAUGGAAGCAGAUAGAGGAGGAGAGGACCCACUUCUUACAGGAACAACAGUCUUUUCAUGGAGAAAUGGAAGAGCUGGUUGCUGCCUUAAACCAGGAAGUUGACUUCUUAAACUCAUCAUAG